GGAGACUACAGCAACGCGCUUGCUCCGAACAGGACUGUUAGUUCGCGCAGGCGCCGUGGUUUCGCCGGCUGAAGCGGGCGGAUUCUGAGAGCGGCGGAGGGGUGGGCUCUACUUGCCGGAGGGGGGGGUGGGUGGGGAGCCACCCCGUGCCCACGCCAUGUAUCAGCGGAGCCGGGCAGUCGCUGGGCGCCUCGGACCCCGGUGCUCCUGGGGAUGGGAGGGCAGCACCGGAAGGUGCCGUUGGGCGGAAGGCGACUCGACUAAAUGCUGUUACCGGGCGCGGCCGCAGGACCUCGAUGCUUCUUGGGAUAAGCUACCUCCAGGGCUUGUUCCUGUGGCCUCCAUAGGGCCGACAUUCCACUCACUUUUCACCAGGAAGCCAUUGGAAGCCUCCACCACCCUCCCAGCUCUGCUCAGCCCUAAACAAGGCAGCUUUGCUGUUAUCAAUGGAAGUGAGUCAAAGACCAGACUUUGUUCGCCAACACCCCUGCCCAACCUGGAGACAAGGGCCUUCAUUCGCCCUGCUGUGCUGUCUCCUCCUGAAGGCAUGGGGGAUGCUGUAACAUUGGUGAAUGAAAGGCAAGAAGAUGACAUAGUGCUCAGGGACGGUGAAGGGCUGGAUGGUGCCUCUUUAGACUCUUUGCACAGCCUGUUCCAUGGCUGGCAGUGCCGCUCACCCUACCAGGCUCCCGAGGUAGCUCUGGGUCCACUCACACCCUUCAGAGCCACAGCAGGAAGUCCGUCUCCAGCCAGUUCUUCAGGGAGUGAUGAUUCCAGCAUGGAGGAGCAUCUUACAGUCAUGCACCAGAAAUUACGGAGCGAGUUACCAGGCUUCUUUUUGAAGAGACACAACUAUGGACUCUACUCCCAGGAUGUAGAGUUUGACAACGAGAUUCUGCACCUAAAGACUCGUGGCCGAGUCAUGUACCAGCUGGCAUUGACCUUAUGCCGUUUCGUGGCCUGGAACUACUUUGCUGACUUGCGGAUGGAAGUGCUGAAGAUGACACAGCACUCUGAGAACUGGAGCAUCCAAGCCCGGUGGCGCAUUACGGGACUGCCUUUCCACAUCCUCCUGCUUCGUUUCUACAAGAGGGACAAGGCUGAGCUGUACAGGACCUAUGAUGCCUAUUCCACUUUCUUCCUAGAUUCCCAAGGAUUAAUUAAAUGCCAUAGGGUAAGCAAGCUGAUGCCAUCUCAGCCUCCCUUGACCAAAGUGAAGAAACUCCUUGUCGCCUCCUUGUUGGGCCUGGGGCUUUCCGACCAGAGGCCCUCCCUGCAGCUCUUCUUUAUGGCUCUGGUUAGCAAAUAGCAGGGGCUCCCGCUAGGCUGUCGGAACAGUUGAGGCCGAGCGUGCUUCUCAUGUCCCCUUUAGCGCACCUGCCCCACCGCAGGGUGAGGACGUUGCUAGCAGCUCAUUAUGUAUCCAUGUUGCCUCUGUACAGGGAGGGUGGGCGUGGCCUCAUGUUGCUGCUGUUAAUCCUACCCAGUAAGUGCUGUAAAGAUGGUUUGUAAUUUAAUCUGUACAUAAUAAAGGUUUAUGUUAAAGAGA